AUGACAUUUCAUCCCAAAACUAAAAAUCUUCUAGCCUUCGGAUCUUUACUUUUUUCAGUAGCUAAACUCACACCUAUUCAAUUAAUGAUUAGCAACAGUGGUAUUGAUCCUGAAGCCGACGACAAUUCAUCCCCUACUAAUUUCUCUAGUGGUCGACGAGAAGCUAAUGAAGGAAGGAAUUUAUUGGCUUUUUGUGCUGCAAAAGAUAUUCUUGAAAAAUCUGAAGAAUCGCCAAUUGACAGUGGAUGCGUUACAGACACAAAAUACAUCAAAUGUUCAACCAUAUCUACUGGUGCCAUCCUUCUCGCUGACAUUUUACCUUCCCUUACGAUAAAAUUGAUAGCUCCCUUCACGUUACAAACAAUUCCUUUUUCAUUGAGACACUUGCUGGUUGUUAAUUUUCAAAUUUUGAGUUAUCUACUUGUUGCGUAUUCGAAUACCAUUUUUGUGGGAAUUUUAGGCGUGGUUUUCGCAAGUCUGGGUGCUGGUCUUGGAGAGAUUACUUAUCUUUCACUUUCUUCACAUUUUCAUAACGAUGUAAUUUCCUUUUGGUCUUCCGGAACCGGCGGAGCAGGAAUUUUUGGUUCUCUAGCAUUUGCCGCUCUUACAGACCAUCGAAUGCUUGGAUUAAAUGCAAAACAAGCUUUAUUAGCCAUGCUGGUUGUUCCAACAAUUUUGGCGCUUACCUAUGGUUUUUUGCUUCAAAGUCCACCUUCAACCCACAGAGUUUGGCUACGAUGGCCUUCUUUUAAUGGAAUGAAUAUAAGCAUUUUUGGAAGGAGAAGGACGGGAUUUUCUUCGACCACAACAGAAUCCUUUACUUCAUCUGCCGAAGAUGAUUUACAAAGACUUUUACAUGGAGAUCAUUUAGACACACGUCAAACUUUACGUAAAAGUGUUUGGAGAAAGAUUCGAAUGGCCAAACCUUUAUUACGCUUUAUGGUUCCCCUUGCAAUUGUUUAUUUCUCAGAAUAUUUUAUUAAUCAAGGCUUACUUGAAUUACUCGUUUUUAAUUGUGCAACUUCUUUUAACCUUAGCCCUAUGCAACAAUAUAGGUGGUAUCAAGUACUUUAUCAGCUAGGCGUAUUUAUUAGCCGUUCAUCAAUCAAAUUCUUCCCAAUAAGAGCAUCACUACUCCCAUCACUCGCCCUUCUUCAAAUUUUAAAUGCCUUGCUACUUUUCUUUGAAUCCCUUAAUGGAUUGGCCCAUUUACCACAUAUUAUUUUACUUAUGUUUAUUAUUUUCUACGAAGGAUUGCUAGGCGGUGCUGCUUAUGUUAAUACGUUUAGUGCUAUACACAGAACGGUCUCAAAAGCAAACCGCGAAUUUUGCAUAAGUUUUGCCACUAUAGCUGACUCUUUGGGUAUUGUUUUUGCUGGUUUUUCUUCAAUUUAUGCGCAUAAUUUUAUUUGUGAUCAUCGCUGGUAAACUAAGAUUUUUUUGAUUGACACCCAAUUCUUGACCAAAUUUCUAGUGAUGUACAUCAAAAACGGAUAUUUUUUUAAAUUUUAUACAUGGGUAUUUUAAUUACCUUAUUUAUAUUUUUUAUUUUUAAAUAUUUAAAUAAAUUCUUUAAUUAGCAUGGCUUGGCAACACAUUCCGGGGAUGGGCUGAGUUAUUCGAAACCCCAGUCAUUCGAUCCGAAACCUUGACCCAAUUUGUUAAUGACCCGGUUCCUAUUCCUGACCCCUUCCCUGACCCGGCACUGGACGAUUCCCAUUUUUAUUGGUUUCAUUUACAUAACCGGUUCAGAGAACCAG